UGAAUAUCGCUCUCUUUAACUCGAAUCAUCCUUACAUGAAUUUUAUAGUCAUUCAAACCGCUAAAUUCUUUGCAAUUUAUAAAGUCAAAGUUGCUUGAAUCUCAACGAAGUUAAGACUCAAAAUAAUGUUGAUUUGACUGAAUUAAUUCUAACAUGAUAAACAUCAAAACAUAAUAUGGACGCUAAAUAUUUGACUAAACGCACGCACACAAUAGUAAACUAGUCAAAGUACUGGUAGAUUACUAGGUUCUAGCCUUCUAAUUAAAUCCGGUGCUCCAAAAAAAGAGAAAAACAUCAAAACUUAACAAUUCCUUCAUCAUAUUUUUUUUUACAGAAAACAUGUAAAAGCAAAAGUAAAAGGCUAAGCUCCCCUCCCUCUCUUUGCUUCAGCUUUCAGCAGUCUCGAGAGGUAUUCUCCAUUUUACUGUUUCAUGUUGGUCUCAACUCUCUGACACAGUGCUCCCCAUUAAUAAAUUCCUCCAUGCCACAAGAAAACACAACGUUUCCUUUUCCUCUUUACCAUUAUACACUGCCCUGCAUAUGGUAACGUUUAUAUAUACACACCAUUACAGUGAUUACACAGUGAAAGAAAGGCCUGCUCUGCCUCCCAUAUGCAUGGACUUAACAGUAACAUUUUGCAGAGACCCACUUGCUGCAGAUACUUUGUUCUCUUCCUUCCCCUUCAUUUAAGUCUCUGCACCUUCAGCAUUCAUAUAUACCACCUACUCAAAACAACAAUCUCCUAUAAGAAAAAGGUUCCUUACAGUUCAUCUAUGGAGGUUCGCCGGUUCUACCAUUAAUGUGUAGCUUUUAGUAGCAUGGGGAAGACUGGAGGAGGAGGCUCAUGGUUAACUGCGGUCAAAAGGGCUUUCAGAUCUCCCACCAAGAAUGAGAAAAGCAACACCAGGAGGAGAGAAGAACUACAAGAACAUGAGGAAGAAGAAAAGAAGAGAGGAAAAAGGAGAUGGAUUUUCAGGAAGCCUGUGAAUCAGGAAACAGUCAUACAUGUGCAGCAUACUGAAGAGAAAGCCUUAUCUAAAAAUGCCACAGAAACUGCUCAGACUGCAACUGCGGCUUUAGUAACUCCUGUUUGCCAAGAUAAUGAGACUGUUACUAAUGGAGCUGCUGAAGAACAAAGAAAUGCUCUUGCAAUGGCCGUGGCGACGAAAGCAGCUGCUCAGGCAGCGGUUGCAACUGUCCAAGCAGCGGUGGAAGCUGUUCGUUUCAGUACUAAUUCUAGUUCUAGUAACUGUAAUCUCUAUAGGCCGCGACCUUCUAUUUUCGUUAGAGAUUAUGCUGCCAUUGCUAUUCAGACUGCCUUCAGAGGAUAUCUGGCGAGGAGAGCUCUUCGGGCGUUGAAGGCGCUGGUGAAGCUUCAAGCAUUAGUGAGAGGCCACAAUGUUAGAAAGCGAGCAAAGACGACUCUACAAUGCAUGCAAGCACUGGUUCGAGUCCAAGCUCGGGUUCUUGACCAACGAACUAAGAGGCUUUCGCAUCAAGGAAGCCUAGAUUCCAUGUUCAGUACAGAUCAUCCCAAUUCUAGCUUAUGGGGGUCACAUUUCUCAGACAGGAAGUCCAUUGUAAGCAAUUCAAGAGAAGAAGAAAGUAGUACCUUGGAUGAUGAUGAGGAUGAUUGGGUCCAUUGGGAUGAUCUCCAGCCAAAAACACUAGAGCAUAUUCAAGCCAUGUUGCAGAAAGCGAAAAAAGCUGCAGCAUCAAAUCGCAAAAGGACUACUCUUGCGUAUGCCUUGUCCAACACAAACCAGGAGGAGCUAGAGGAGAAGUUUAAUAUGCUUGAUGGGUGGACAAGAAGAAAGCAGUGGGAGAAUGGGAGAGCUUCUUGUGAUCAGCAAAGAGCAGACCCUAUUGUAAAAACAGUUGAAAUGGACACCUCUAGACCUUACUCUUAUAGUCCAACCACCCCCAAUUUGAAACGAGCAGAAUAUCAAUACCAGUGCCAUCACUACCAACAACAACAAAGACCUCAUCAGUACUCAUAUCCGGUUGCCUCUCCACAAGCACCAACCACACCAUUUGCAUCCCUUACAAGAAUUCCGCAAGUGCACUCGGCUAGCCCUCGUUGCUACAUUAGAGAAACCGGUCAUGGAGUUGGAAUGGGGGAGAGUGAAGUGCCAAACUACAUGGCUGCAACAGCUUCAGCCAAGGCUAGGAUUCGGUCACAAAGCGCACCAAGGCACAGACCUGCAACACAGGACAGAGAAAAACAGUGCUCAGCAAGGAAGCGCCUUUCAUUCCCGGUUCCAUCUGAGCCAUCUGGUACUGAUUGCACUUCAGACAUCGAGUUGAAGAGCCCGAAUUAUAAGGGGAUUAAUGGAGGCCAAGCAAUCCGAAGAGAGCACAAAGCAAGCAAUGUGUCUUAUUAUGUAACAGACAGUGAGACAUCUCCAACUUCCAGAGGUGAACUAAGAAGGUGGUUGAGGUGAUUAGCAGCCUAGCUAUGGCAAUUUAAGGCAGUACUGAUUUAGUUUUCUCAAUGCCAAAUGCACAUUAUGUGAUGAUGAUUAUAGAGACUGAUGUAUUCAACUUCUAUGAUUAAUAUGUCAAAUCUGGUAAUGUAUUUGCUAUUUUCAAGCACAUUUACACUGAAUUACAAUCAUGCUCUUAUAGAGCUUAUACCAUGAUUACACUGUGUGUAUUACAGCUAGAAAGCUUACAUAGACACCUCUGUCAAUAUGAGUAUAUUCCAGCUGCAGCAUUGCUGGAAAGCAUAGUGUGCUACAGCUCAUGUAACACUCCCCCUCAAGUUGGGGAAUAGAUGUCUCGCAUACCCAACUUGUCUAGUGAGCUGUGGAACACUUUUCCAGAAACUGCUUUGGUCAGGAUAUCUGCAAGUUGAUCUUCAGUA